AUGUCUGCUGUGUCUGAUUGCCCCUGCAUCCUUUUUUCACGUCUACAAAGUCCCUUUAGAGGAGCUGAGGGCAGAGAGGCGUCGGAGGAAGGGUGUGGUGUGGUGGGGACUGUGAUGGCUGGCGGGCGGGUGGGCGGGCAGGAGGGCGGCAAGACGACGACGUCGCUGUUUUGUGCACACACGAACGCGACGCACAUCUGCUCCAACAGAGCUUCAGCGGCAUGUCUUCCUUUCUGCCUGGAGUCGUGCCACGCAAGUCGGUUUGAGGACCACGCACUUCCAAUUGACGCCGCGUUUGGCGAGGAUGUCAUCCGCCUUCAUGAGCUGCUCGGCUGCAACUUAGUCGAGCAGCUUUCAAAUGCCGCAAGCACACUCAGCGUCCAGCGACGCCGCAACGAUGCUUCCAUCACUUGGCUACUACCAGGGUGUUCUGUGGGCCUCAAAUUAGAGCGUACUUGA